AGUUUUUCAGACAUUGUCAAGUUUAAGGAGGAAAAUAUAUAAGCAGUUAAGAAAAAAGGAAGUCCAAAGCACUUCCUCUUGCCUGCCAGAAGAUACAGAAAUGCCCCAAGCACUAUGUGCCAUGGCAGAUAUCAACCAUAUAUAGCAACUCCCAAGGGAAGGCUUUCUUUUUAUGCACAGGAAGAAACUCAUCUUCUUGAACACAUUUCCUUAGUGACUCCUUCAAAAGCCAGCUCCAGUCCUCUAUGUACUCCAACACUGAUCAAGCAGAGGAGAAGGAUCAAGGGGGAAGAAAUAAAGCUGAAGCAUGAAGACAGCACUCAUGGCCCUGGUGGGAUUUUGUGUCUCGUUGCUGCUGGCUAUGGCCCUAGGAGAAGCCUGCCCUCCCUCCUGCAGUUGCAAGUUCCUGGGAGACAGGAAGGGUUUGCAGGUUGACUGCAGCUCGCAGGGGCUGAGGGAAGUGCCUGCCCUGCCCAUUGACACCAAGAGGCUUUAUCUGCAGAACAACAGCCUGACCACACUUCCUCCCGGUGCCCUGGACAGCCUGAACAGCCUAGAGGAGGUGAAAGUGUUUGACAACCCUUGGAACUGUGACUGUCAUAUCCUGUACCUAAAACUUUGGUUGGAAGAUGUCUCUGCACCCUCUCUUGCAAAUGUCAGGUGUGCAAGCCCAGAUCCCAUGAGGAUGAAGCCCUUAGUGCAGCUGACUGGGAAUGAGCUGGGGGGCUGUAAGAAGCUUCUUCCCAUCAAGUGUCUUGAGUUCUUUUGGCGAGACCUCGGUUUAAUUGCUGGAGCAAUAUUUACACUGAUUUUAGUAGCGUGGGCUCUGAAAUUCUCCAAAAAGCUGCUCUGCCAAGUGAAGCUAAGUCCAUGCAACUCUCGGAGCUACCUGCUGGGGAGGCACACCUCCAAAACCUACAAGAUCCUGUGAGCUGUUCCUCAGAACGAGGUCAG